AUCACCGAUAAUCAACCAUCGCUAACCCGAACCGAAGAUCACCAUCACCAUCACCAUCACUAUCGUAAGCUAGCUACCGGUAUCGUACUCUAUCACCACGCGGGAAAUCAGCUAGAAAAAUCGCCCGACAUACCUAAGCGAGGAUAGUCGUCGGAUUCAACAUCAAACCUCCAUCGUAAUCGUUAGCAGCAUCAUCAGCAGCAAUCAUGGCAUCCUACAUCCCCGAGCCAGUGAAGCGACAAGUGAACGCCCUAAACGAUACCUACAACCCUCUCAGCGCGGCGCAGCAGCCAUCUCAAGCGCACGGGAAAUAUAGCUACGCCAAAGGAAUCGCCUACCAAUCCUACGGCGAAGCCGCGCAGUCGCCAUCAUGGAUCGGCUCGGGGGCACAGCUAAAAGCGGCGGGAGUGAUGGAGAUGCAAGCGGCGGCGGCGGGCAAGACGGCGCGGGAGUUCACCGAGAUGCUGCGGAGUGGAGAUCCGGGCGUCGAGGAGGCUGCUCGGAUGGGCGUGGAUAUGGCCGGCGAGGCGGGGAAGGGACUGGGAGACGGGGUGAAGAUGGUGGGCGGCGGGGUGGGGAGCGUGGGGAGUGUGCUCGCCGAGAAGGGGACGGAUGUGGGGAGGGGGACGCUGGGAGUGGGGCAGGAUGUGGGGAAGGGACUGGGUGAGGGCGUGAAGGGUGUUGGAGAGGAGGUAGGAGGCGGGUUGGGGAAGGGAGCUGGUGCCGUUGGUGACGGGGUGGGGAAGGGACUGGGUGAGGGCGUGAAGGGUGUUGGAGAGGAGGUAGGAGGCGGGUUGGGGAAGGGAGCUGGUGCCGUUGGUGACGGGGUGGGGAAGGGACUUGGAGGGAUGGGUCUUGGUUCCUGGGGGAGGAGAUGAUUAUAGAGGGAUUCAGAGAGUUGGAAGAGAGGUGGGACGCUGUCUGGGGAAGGGAAGGGAGCAGGUGCAGUCGGC